UGUUAGCUUUUGCUUUUUUUUUUUUUUGGUAAUGUUAUAGGUUGCCCUUAGAGUUACAUAUAAGCAUUAAAUACAUUUUUUUUAAUAGAAACAGUUUAAGAAUUCAAGACACAUUUUCACAUCAACUGAGGUAAUAAAUGUUUGAUUUAAUAUUUUAUUUCCAUUUUAAGCCCCUUAUACAUAACUCUUCGUCUAUGUAUAAUUUUCCUUUUUUCUUAAUCUAAAAAAAACAUACACUACCCCACUAAAAAAGAAAAAAAAAAACUCCUUAAAAACCCAUGAUUAUUUCUCCUUCUUCUGCUGAAGCCGCUUUCUUUUUCUGAAUUCUGAGAGACACUAAACUCUGAAUUGAAACCCAGAAAUUUCUGUAAAAAAUUAGAGUGAGAAAAUUCAGAAUUCAUAGCUCCAAUUUCCCAUUUCUUCUUCACCUGCCAAACACACCCUAACUUUAAUUAGAGAGAUAAAUCUUAAAUCUAAAUUCUCUCUCUUCCUUUUUUUUUUCUUCUUUUUUCAUAAAAUCAGAUAAUUUGUCCACUUCGAGUUGUCUCUUUCUCACACUCUCUCUCUCCUUACUUCAAUCCUAAAUAUACUGUUAUUCGAAGUUUUUCAUACCCAUAAAUUUCAUUUGGGUUUUUUUUCAUCUGGGUUUAUGUCAUUUUCCUUUUUCUUUCUCAUUUAAUCAUAAACGAGAAUAAUUGUUGGGUAGUUGAGUUUCUAAUAUAAAUUUCCUUGUAUUUAUUUUUCUACCCAGAAACAUAAUCUUGUUUAAAGUUUGCAUCUUUUUUUAAGAGAUAAUUCUCGUGAGUUUGAUUUUUGUCAGUUUAUGUAACUGAUUUUCUUCUUUUUUAGGUUACUUUUUUAAGAAUUUCUGAAACAAACUUUCUUUUGUUUUAAGAAAGAAAAAUUGAAUUUGGAGGAGUGAGUUAAAAUGACAGAGGUUGUUAAGCAAGUAGAAGCAGCAUCAAUGGUGAAUCAAACAGAUGAUCAUCAAAUAAUUGAUGGAGGAGUGGAGGAGAGAGAAAAUGUAGUAGGAAGAAUAGAGGAAGAAAAUCAGAAAUCAAGCUUUAAGAACUUUCUAUGGCAUGGUGGCUCUGCUUAUGAUGCUUGGUUUAGUUGCGCUUCCAAUCAGGUGGCUCAAGUGUUAUUGACAUUGCCAUACUCAUUCUCACAAAUGGGGAUGGUAUCAGGACUAGUACUUCAAGUGUUUUAUGGGUUGUUGGGAAGUUGGACAGCUUAUCUUAUCAGUGUGCUCUAUGUUGAGUAUAGAAGCAGAAGAGAGAAAGAAGGUGCCAGCUUCAAGAACCAUGUCAUUCAGUGGUUUGAGGUGUUAGAUGGCCUGCUAGGGCCAGUCUGGAAGGGACUUGGAUUGGGUUUCAAUUGCACAUUCUUACUCUUUGGAUCUGUGAUACAACUUAUAGCUUGUGCAAGUAAUAUAUACUACAUAAAUGAUCAUUUGGACAAAAGGACAUGGACAUACAUAUUUGGGGCAUGUUGUGCCACAACAGUGUUUAUACCCUCCUUUCACAAUUAUAGAAUUUGGUCCUUCCUUGGACUUGGAAUGACCACUUACACUGCUUGGUAUUUGACCAUUGGUGCCCUUGUUCAUGGCCAGAAACCAGGUGUGAUCCACUCUGGUCCAAAAAAGUUGGUGCUCUAUUUCACAGGAGCAACCAAUAUCCUCUACACUUUUGGUGGACAUGCUGUUACUGUGGAAAUUAUGCAUGCUAUGUGGAAACCACAGAAGUUCAAGUACAUUUAUUUACUUGCAACUCUUUAUGUUUUCACCCUUACACUCCCAUCUGCUGCUGCUGUCUACUGGGCUUUUGGUGAUGAACUCCUUACUCAUGCCAAUGCCUUUUCUCUCCUCCCUCGUAAUCGUUUCCGUGAUGCCGCCGUUAUCUUAAUGCUCAUUCACCAGUUUAUAACAUUUGGAUUUGCGUGCACACCUCUGUACUUUGUGUGGGAAAAAGUGGUGGGGGUACAUGACACCAAGAGUUUAUGCUUAAGGGCAAUAGCUAGAUUACCAGUGGUAAUACCAAUAUGGUUCUUAGCAAUCAUAUUUCCCUUCUUUGGGCCCAUUAACUCUACUGUUGGGGCCUUCUUAGUCAGCUUCACUGUUUACAUUAUACCAACUAUGGCCCACAUGCUCACUUACAGAUCGGCCCAGGCCCGUAAGAAUGCCGCAGAGAAACCUCCCUUCUUCCUACGAAACUGGACAGCAGUAUAUGUUUUCAACACUUUCAUAGUUGUCUGGGUAUUUAUUGUGGGUUUCGGAUUUGGAGGGUGGGCAAGCAUGGUGAACUUCAUUAGGCAAGUUAAUACUUUUGGCCUUUUUGCUAAAUGCUAUCAGUGCAAGCCACCACCAGCACCUCCAGCCGCGCCAGCACCACCACAUCACUGAUCCAUUAAGUAUUUAUACAAUACUUUGAUCAACAAGCAGCUCAGUAAUUAGUAUUGUUUCUUUUUGUAUCUUAUGAGUGAAUACUAGUUGUAACAUUGUCGUGGCGAAGCCUAGCUCUAGUUCUUGUUUGAUUCAGACAAUAUUUAGUUGUGAAAAUGCUUCAGUUGUGGUACAUAUACAUUUGAUGUUGGGUUAGUUGUGGAUGUGGGAAAAUUGGAAGUGCAUUUGGUCCUCAUGCUGUGUGUAGCAUAGGACUCUUUUAAGCUAUAUUGGAAUUUUUUUCUAUCUAAUGUUAAUUUGCAGGACCA